CAAACUGAUGACUUAUGGAUAAAUCUUAAUUAUUUUGAAAUGAAUUUAAAUCGAUGAUUAAUGAUAUAAUUAGAGUGACAUGUGACAAAAAUGAAAAUAGAAAUAGAAAGCGAGAUAAAAUGACGUUGAAGGAAGAAGAAAAUUUGAAUAACAAAAAAUUGUAUGUGACACUAUUGAUUGUCGUGUGUGUAUUAGAUCGCAAAAAUUGUUACAAUGCUUUUGUGGGAGAAGUUCGUUUUGACUGCUAAUGAAGUUGUGCCCAUGAAAUGACGCCGAGUCGUCAUCAUCAUCAGUGUUCACUUUUUAAGCAUCUCUACACCAAUCGGCAAUCGUUCCUCAUCUACAAGAGAGGUACAUUGUCUUUAUGAAAUUUUUUAUUUCAUCACUGACUUUUCCGACAGUCUUGUUGGAAUCUUCAUCCGCAAUGCAAUCUUCAAUCUAAAGGAGGGGAAAAUUUGAAAUUUAAUUUGAAAAUUUAAAGAUUAAAAUUAGAAGAUUAAAAUUUAGAGAUUGAAAAAAGUGGUAUUGGGAUAAAAAAUCAGUGGUGAAAAGGGAAGAAAAAGAAGAAAAAGAAGAAGAAGAAGAAGAAGAAGAAAAAGAAGAAGAAGAAGAAGAAGAAGAAGAAGAAGAAGAAGAAGAAGAAGAAGAAGAAGAAGAAGAAGUGUGAUUGAAAGAUCUUGUUAAGUGGCAAAGGAGGCCAAGGUGUCCAAGACGUCAAUUGUGUGGAGCGUUAUCGUCUGAAGACAUUAGCGAAAGAAAACAAGACGUGACGUGCAUUGUAGUGACAACUCGUGACCAGUGAGGCUUAUCGGUAUAGUGGGUUCGAUUUGUGAUCGACUCUGCGAUCGACAAUAGUCCAAAUGGAGAACGAGACCGGGAGGCCGAGGCCCGAGGAACCUCCUCUCAAGAGAAGAGUGUCGAUCAGCGAUCAAGUUCUGGGUGUUGACAACCCUGCGUUCGAACAUCAUCAUCACCAUAGACGCAUAAGUGCAAGUAGUGAACAUAAUUCCGAGGCGGGUAGUAGAAAAAAAUCAAUUUUGCACCACGGCGCUAGUCACGAGAACUUGGCUCAGUACAAGUUCGACUUGGAGAACGGUCGAAUCAAUGGCAACAGGAAGAAGUCUGCAUUCAGUUUAUCCAGCUCAAUUCGAGACAAAAUCGAAUACUCCGAGGAGCUCGAAAGAUCGUGGCUGUACGUCUUUUGUUCACGAUGUCACGGUCGAGAUGACACACCUUCGUGGGAGCCGAACGGAUGGCGGAGAGCUUGUCCACAGCCGUUUUGUCCCAGUUACAGGAAAUUCGCGAGAACCCUCUGCCUCUUUCUCCUGGGACUCCUCCUAUGGGGCAUUGUGUACUCGAUUAUCGGCGAAGAUGCCGCACCAGGAGGUCCACUCUUCGGACUGGCAGCCCUCUGCAUUGCCGCACACUUUGGAGGGUGGCUCAUCUCCCUGACAACUCUUCCGGCUCUCGUCGGAAUGCUGCUGACCGGAAUCAUUCUCCAGAAUGUGGGACUGGUCAGCAUAGACGGAAAAUAUAGUGUAGUCGUCUCCAAUUUGCGAAAAAUCGCAUUGGUAAUCAUAUUGACGAGAGCAGGUCUGGAUCUUGAUCCGCGUGCUUUGAAGAGUAUGAAAAUAACUGUGCCAAAGUUAGGCCUAAUUCCCUGGUUCGUGGAGGCACUCGUCGUGGCUGUGUUGACAAGGUACUUAUUGAACUUGCCAUGGAUUUGGGGUUUUCUUCUCGGCAGCAUAAUCGCCGCCGUUUCGCCGGCAGUCGUCGUCCCCUGCCUCUUUCGACUGCGAGCCAAAGGAUAUGGAGUUGCCAAGGGUAUUCCAACGUUAAUUAUUGCAGUGGCGGGCAUAGAUGAUGCAGCCUCCGUUGCCAUCUAUGGAAUCAUCAAAAGUGUUAUGUUUUCCCAUGAUGCUCUUUGGUAUCAAAUUCUUCAGGGACCGUUGGCCAUUGUCGGUGGUCUGGGUUUCGGAAUUCUCUGGGGAUGGCUAGCGAAAUAUGUUCCUGAGAAAGGCGACCCUUUUAUGGUGCCCAUGAGGGUGCUAAUGCUGUUAGGAGGAGGACUGCUUGCAGUAUUUGGAAGUGAACGAAUUGAACUUGGAGGCGCUGGUCCUUUGGGUGUAGUAGCGGCAGCUUUUGUGAGCUGCUAUUUUUGGGAAAAACAAGGCUGGGAAGUCGAAGAUAAUCCAGUAGCUACUGCCUUUGAAAUAUUCUGGAUGAUCUUUGAGCCAAUUCUCUUUGGAAUCACGGGAACUCAAAUUAAGAUCUCCGAAUUGGAGGAAAGCACCGUUUACCUGGGACUUGGUUGCCUCGCUGCAGGGAUUAUAAUUCGCAUAUUAGCAACGAUCCUCGUGGGAAUUGGUUCGAAUUUAAAUAUGAAGGAAAAAGUGUUUAUUGCCAUUUCUUGGAUGGCGAAAGCCACAGUGCAAGCAGCUCUCGGUCCUGGCACACUCGACUGUAUUGAUGAGAAAAACGAAGAGCAAGUUCAUCACGCCGAAACGGUUUUGACAAUUUGCGUUCUAUCAAUUUUACUCACCGCACCUGUAGGAGCCAUUAUAAUAUCAUUAUCGGGACCAAAACUUUUGAAAAAGACUUCGGCACCAGUGGCCGUGACAGAUGGCUGGAGGACACGCCGACCUUCAAUUCGUGAUAUUUCAAUCAUCAAUGAAGAUCCUGACUUAGAAGAAACUGCCGAGAAUGGAAAUAGAGUCGAGAAUGGAAAAGCCUGAUAUAAAGUUGCUGAUGGCUUUUACCUAUAUAUACUUCUAUAUACAUAUGCUCUGGAAAAAAUCAAAUUUAAAUCCUCUCAAAAAGAUUUCAUAAAAGUCCUCAAUAUCCUUUUGAAAAUCGAUUCUUCAAAACCAACUUACACCUAGUAAAAAUUUUACUCCCAUUUACAAUCUAAUUUAGCAGGAAUCAUAUAAAAUAACCAGUAUUUAAUUUUAAUCUUUUUCGAGUUGAUUUUUAUCAAGAAAUUCUCAGAAAGUUUUACUCACAAUUUCAGUAGACUAUAACUUUUCGAAUUGUACAUAUUGAAAUGUAAUGAAAGAAAAAAAUUCAUCAGUGAUUUUUUUUUUUUUUUUUUGAAAAUGCGAUUUAGAUAAUAAGGAAAGAAAGUCAGAAUUUAUAAUAUGAAUAAUAUAGAAACAAUUUUUUUAAAACAACGAAAACCUGAAAUCAGAGAUUUACAACUGAUAUUUAAAACACAUAUCGACUGUAUAAAUUAAAAAAAUAUUUUUUCUAUAUAACUUUUAAAUUCUAAAAUCAUGCAAUGAUGUAAAAAAUAAUGAAAGCGUCAAUUACGUUUUAUAUGCGGAAUAAGUAUGUUGAAAUGAACGUAAAUGAAAUUAAUAAUUAAUGAAAAUGUGCUUUGAGCUUAAAUAUAAGUUCUCUUGGAGAAAGGUAUGAUAUAAAAGAAUGAGAUUCUUACAAUGUAUAGACACAUAUAAUGAAAGUUACAAAUCAUUAUUAGAGUAUAUAUAUAUUAUGUAUCUUGAUCUGAACGUGAAAGAAAUAUAAUUAGGGGUGUUUCAUUUGAUCAUAAAAAGACUUCUAAUUCUUAAUCUUUUCUGAGUCUUUAUACAUAUACAUAUAUGUAUAUGUACCUUAUAUAUAAGUAAUAGAUCUUCGGAAAUAACGCAAUACACUAUAUAUAUAUAGUAUUUUAUGUAGAUAAAUAUACAUAUAUUCUUUUAACUCUUCUGUAUAGUAGUGAGAAUUGUAACAAAUUAUUUGAAAACUGUCAAUUUUUAUUUUUCAAAAAUUGAGUAUAUGUAUAGUGAAAUUGCGAUAAACUCUGGAAUAAGGAUGUGAUAAUUGUUAAAUAAAAGUA